CUCGUCGUCUCACCACCCGCCUCAGACAAACAAACCCGCCUGCCGUCGCCACGCGCCACGCACCACCACGAGACCAGCCUCACCGGUUCUGACCGCGCCGCAGCAAGAACCGGCGCGCGCCCGUUUUCUCCUCUCCAGGCUUUUUUUUUUAAAAAAAAAUUAAAGAUCUACCGGCGCGCGCGGCACCAGCGAACCCGCGUGUGUGCGUGUGUGUGUGUCGUCGCUUCUUUGUCUCUCACACAAUAUAUAUCUGGGCCGCCGCCUCUGCGCCAUGUCCCAGCUUGCCGGGCGUCUGAGACAUUGAGAAAGAAGCCCUCCUCCUCCCGCCCCCCGCCGCGGCUCAGAAACGCGAGAGACGGACCCCGCGUGGCCGACGAGGCCCAGACUCUCUCCGCGCUCGCAGAACCAAGAAAAAUCUCGCGACGUCGCUGCGGUUUCGUUGGCGGCGCUGUCCUUCCGUUGCAGCGGCAAACAGCGGGCUGUCGUUGCCUGGCUUGUUUGCUCCCUUGCGUCGCCGGAGGCCCAACCCGGAUUGGAUCCCUCCGUCAGGGCACGUCUCACCUCCUGCUGCCCGCGAUAUGCCCCCGGCAUCGCUAGACCUCAUAUCCCACCUCUAGCUUCUCGCCGAAACAAAACCACCACACCGCCGCCACCACCACCGUCGUCUCUGUGCGUCUCGUCAUCAUGCGGCGCCUCUUCUGGCUCGCCCUGACAUGGCAGCUCCUCGCUGGGCUGGCCGCCGCCUCCGUCUCGGUGCCCUUCUUCGCCGACCUCGAGCGUCUGUCGCGCCUCGUCGACAUCUCGUACUGCGUGGGCAACACGGGCGUCCACAAGCCCUUCCAGUGCGUGUCGCGCUGCAAGGACUUCCCCGGCCUGUCACUCGUCAACACCUGGAGCACGGGCAUGCUCAUGGGCGACAGCUGCGGCUACAUUGCCGUGGAUCACACGGGCGGGGGGCGCUUGACCCGCGGUGACGGCGACGAUGCGGAUCGCUCUGAGACGGGGACAAGGAGCCGCGGGGGGUCCAUCAUCGUCGCGUUCCGCGGCACCUACAGCAUCACAAACACCAUCGUGGACCUCAGCACCGUGCCGCAAAAGUACGUCCCGUACCCGUCGCCCGACGACGGCUCCAAGACGCCGCGGGAGCCUCCGAGGCACAAAUGCGACAACUGCACCGUGCACAUGGGCUUUCUCGACUCGUGGCGCAACGCCCGCCGCGUCGUCCUCCCCGAGCUUCAGAGGCUGCGGGCCGAGUACCCGACGUACUCGGUGCAGCUCGUCGGCCACAGCCUCGGCGGCGCCGUGGCCUGCCUCGCCGCGCUGGAGCUCAAGGUCUCGCUCGGCUUCGACCGCGUGACCGUCACCACGUUUGGCGAGCCUCGGGUGGGCAACUACCAGCUCGCACGCUUCGUCGACAACGUCUUCGGGCUCGAUGGCGGCGGCGACGACGAUGACGAUGACAAUGGUCGGCUCGAGGCGCGGUCCUACCGCCGCGUCACCCACGCCAACGACCCCGUGCCUCUCCUCCCCCUCGAGGAAUGGGGCUACCGCCCGCACGGCGGCGAGGUGUACAUAUCCAAGCCCAGCCUCUCCCCGUCCGAGGACGACAUCCGCAUCUGCCUGGGCGACAGCGACCCUACGUGCAGCGCCCGCGCCGAGUCGGCCUCGCUCGUCAAGACGGUGCGCCGGCUGCUGCACUUUGGCCGCGUGGGCCGCGAGAUGGCGCGCGCGCACCUCGAGACGCUGUCGUUCCCGGCCCGGUUCCGGCUGUGGGAGCUCUUCUUUGCUCACCGCGACUACUUCUGGAGACUCGGCCUGUGCGUGCCGGGCGGCGACCCGGCCAACUGGGGCAAGGGCUGGGCGCUCCGGGAGGACCCGGAGUCGCAGCCAGCCGAGCUAUAAUACAUACAUACUUUACUAUAUAAUAUUUCUGUUGGCCUUUGUCGUUAUUGCGCUGCAUCGCAAGGAGUUUGGACGGAUGGACUCGCGCGGUAUCUGGUUGGGGCGAGGAGGAUAGGCGUAUAUAUGUUCAGGUGCAGGCUGGGUGCGAAGGGGAAAGUGCCUCGUCGACCGAGUCUUGAUAAAUUGAUGCUUUGGUGAUG